AAAGCCUGACAACUUAAAAUAUGGAGUUAUAUUUCCUAUGUGGUUUCGCUCUUUUCGUUCUAAUUGUCACCUUUUCGCUUUUGGCUAUCUUUUCCUCCACCCGGGAGACCAGUGGUUGUUGUUCCAACACAAGGCUUCCAGUAGGCCGAACAGGCUUGCCGUUCAUCGGCGAGAGCCUCGAGUUUCUGUCGACGGGUCGAAAGGGUCACCCUCAGAAGUUCAUAUACGAUAGGAUGGCCAAGUAUCACUCUCGAGUGUUUAAAACAUCGAUCCUGGGAAAUCCUACGGCAGUUUUCUGUGGGGCGGCCGGGAACAAGUUCUUGUUCUCGAAUGAGAACAAGCUUGUCACCGCGUGGUGGCCGGACUCCGUCAACAAGAUAUUCCCUUCCUCCAUGCAAACUUCGGCGACGGAGGAGUCCAAGAAGAUGAGGAAGCUGCUCCCUAAUUUCCUCAAACCGGAGGCCUUGCACAUAUACGUGGGGAUGAUGGAUUCCAUCGCACAAAGACACUUCGAAACUCAUUGGGAAGGGAAAUCACAAGUAUCCAUGUUCCCACUGGCGAAGAGCUACACCUUCUGGGUCGCGAGCAAGGUGUUCUUGAGCAUCGAGGAACCGGAACACGUCGCGCGAUUGGCACGUCCCUUUAACUUUUUGGCCUCCGGGGUUAUAUCGAUCCCCAUCGACUUGCCCGGAACACCGUUCAACCGAGCCAUCAAGGCUUCGAACAUCGUAAGGCAAGAAUUGGGUGCCAUUAUCAAACAAAGGAAGAUCGAUCUGGCCGAGCAAAAAGCCUCCCCCACGCAAGAUAUACUGUCACAUAUGCUGUUAACGUGUGACGAGAACGGAAAAUACAUGAACGAAAUCGAUGUGGCAGAUAAGAUUCUUGGUUUGCUUAUCGGUGGACACGAUACUGCAAGUGCUGCCAUCACUUUCGUCGUCAAGUACCUUGCUGAGCUACCCGAGAUCUACCACAAAGUGCUGAAAGAGCAAAUGGAGAUAGCAGAAUCAAAAGCCCCGGGAGAGCUGCUGAAUUGGGAAGACAUUCAAAAGAUGAAGUACUCAUGGAACGUAGCAUGUGAAGUAAUGCGUCUUGCUCCUCCUCUCCAAGGAGCUUUUAGAGAAGCCCUCAAUGAAUUCAUAUAUGAUGGUUUCUCCAUUCCGAAGGGUUGGAAGUUGUACUGGAGUACGCAUUCAACCCAUAGAAGUCCGGAAUACUUCCCGGAGCCUGAGAAGUUCGAUCCAUCGAGGUUCGAAGGAAACGGACUAGCUCCUUACACGUACGUUCCGUUCGGAGGAGGACCGAGAAUGUGCCCGGGGAAGGAGUAUGCUCGCCUGGAAAUACUAGUUUUCAUGCACCAUAUUAUCAAGAGGUACAAAUGGGAGAAGCUUCUUCCUCAUGAGAACAUCAUUGUAGAUCCAUUCCCAAUGCCGGAAAAAGGCCUGCCCAUUCGCCUCUUUCCUCAAACAACCGCCACAGCCUAAAUUGUUUUCACCGUGCAUUUUCUCGUUUCUCUGAAGUUUAAUAAGUGAUAGCUGUUGUUGCCUACAAAAACACUGAUGCAAAGUGCUUGUACGUGUAAGAUGUUUGUAUUACUGCCCAGAUAGACUGUGAUUUGGCCUUGAAU